UUUGCUUCUCUUUUUUACCGGAAAAAUGAGCUCCAAUGUGUCUCUCUUCCCACUAGCCGUUUACUGCUCCUCACUGAACCCAUUUCCCCUCAUUCUAUUUCUCUCGCCGAAGGAUCCUACCUUUCUCCGGUGAAGCAAUUGGGAAAAACAGAAAGAAAAAUGGGGUUUUUCUUCUGUUAGUGAUCGAGCUUGAGACUAAUUGCCUCGUCUUCUGCACGGCCUUCAGGUCUUCUACAGUUCUACUACUUCCUCUCUUUAUGGGGUAGAACAUUUUGAUGUUCUUUGAGUACUUAAUGAAGUGUUCACUCUCUUUCGGACAUUACAGAUCGAAAAUCCAAACUGAAUUGAAUGGCUGGAAAGAAAAAUUAACGUAGGUUGGGGCCGGACUCUCCCUAAACCAUAAAAAUUCUCUAGUCUUCAACAUAAGAAUAAUUCGACAUUUUGCCGGAGCUAAUAAGCUUAGGGCGGUCUCAAUCUCUAAAGCACGACAGUGAUGGAGAGGAGGCUGUACAGGGCUGCACUGGAAGGCAACGUCCCUUCACUGCUGCAGCUCCUCUGGGAAGAUGAACUCUUCCUCGAACGAUCCCUUGUUGGGUCCCACUCCGACACUCCUCUUCACAUCGCGGCGAUGCUAGGACACUCAGAGUUUGUGAGCAAGAUCCUUUCCUUGAAGCCCGAGCUUGCCUGUGAGCUCGACUCUCAGAGAUCGACGCCUCUUCACCUGGCAGCAGCAAAAGGGUACGCAGACAUAGUGAAGGGCCUGCUAAACACAUGCAAGGAGGCAUGCUUGGUGUCUGACAAGUAUGGGAGGAACCCUCUGCAAGUUGCUGCCGUUAAAGGGAAGGUCGAGGUGCUAGAGGUAUUGGUUCAGGUUGAAGCGGAGGCUGCUCGGAUCGUCAAUAAGAGUGGGGAGACGGUCUUGCAUAUGUGUGUCAAAAAUAAUAAGUUGGAGAGUUUGAAGGUACUGGUAGGGAUGUUUGGGGGAGAGGAUGAGUUCAUUGAUUGGAAGGACAAAGAUGAAAACUCUGCUUUGCAUCUUGCUGCUGCAGAUGGGCAAUUUGAAACAGUGGAUUUCCUAACCACCCACACAAGAGCAGACAAUCACUCUCGCAACCUUGAAGGUUUCACGGCACUUGACCUCUUAGCACAAAGCACAACCGGCACCAAAGAAAAGGCAAUUGCAGAUAAUCAGACCAUGUCAAAACAGACUAGGGUCUCAUCCUCGAGUCGUGCGAGCAAGUUCCCAUCAGGAGCGUACAAUUGGAAAAAGCAUUUCAAGAGGCAGAACAGCUGGUUGGAACGGAUGUGGAACUCGCUGAUGGUUGUUGCAACUCUGACUGCCUCCAUGGCUUUCCAGGCAGGCCUGAACCCACCUGGCGGUGUGUGGCAGGACAAAGCAGGGGACAACUCAACGUCGGUCCCAUAUACCGUCUCCAUCUUUGGCCAUGACAUGCCAGAAAACUCAAAUAUCACACUCCGUGCAGGAAACACAGUAAUGGGAGGUUCUUCUUAUGGUGUGUACUUUACCUUCCUCGUAUUCAACACUAUCGGCUUCAUUGCAUCUUUGAGCAUCAUCAUCCUGCUCAUAAGUGGACUUCCAAUGCGACGGAGGUUAUUCAUUAGUGUCCUGACGGUGAUCAUGUGGAUCGUAGUCACUUCCAUGGCACUGACUUAUGCAAUCUCCAUUGAAUUCUUGACACCUCUGGAACAAUAUUUGUCAUUCAAGGUCAUUUCAUUCGGUAUCCUUGCAUGGACGGGCUUGAUGACUCUCCUCGUUGUCUCGCACAUUAUUCGCCUGAUCGUGAAAGCCUUGCGUGCGUGCAUAAAAGCAGUCACCCAUCGAAGAAAACGAUUCACGGUUUAGUGUUCAAAAUCCAUGUCCUCUCCAAGUCUAUACCUUUAUGCAGGAGUUCCAUAAAUAUUGAACUUAGUGCUUGUUUAAUGUGAGUUUACAGGACUAUUAUUGAUAUUGAGUAGGCCAUGACAAGGGUCCAUGCGUUUAUAGAAUUGGGCCUAAAUGGAUUCCAAAUACGAUGCUGACAUCAUACUCAAAUAAACAUUUCAAUAAAGGAUGAUCUUCCACAUCCA